GCCGCACAUCUCGCCAACAACAAGGUGGCUCGAGGAGGGUUCGCCCGCUUCUUUCGCGACCAGUCCAGCGAGGAGCGCGAACACGCGCAAAAGAUCAUUGACUAUGUCAACCUUCGCGGUGGCACCGUGUCCGCUGUGCAUGUAGACAUGCCGCCCACGGCCAGCUGGAUGAGCGUGCUGGACGCGUUGCAGGCGGCCCUAGCCCUCGAGCACCGUGUUACCAAUCGGCUCUACGAGCUGCACCGGCUCGCCGAGGAACACGAUCCACAGAUGGCGGACUUCUUGGAGCAGGAGUUUCUCGCUGAGCAAGUGCGAUCCAUCGACCAGCUGCAGCGGCUCAUCACGCAGCUGCAGAAUAUGGACACGGGCCUGGGCGAGUUUCUUCUCGACCAGCAACUGCGAACCUAACAGCUCUUUCUUCAGAAA